UGCCCGUCUCACGCGCACGCAUCGGAGCACGCUUGCGUCUUUCGAUCGAUGUUGACGUGGGUCAUGUUUAUGUCUCGCGUUGUUUUUGUCUCCCGCGCAAAAACGCAGAACGGUUCUCCCGGAGGGAGGUUAAGAAGGUCCGACGGCAUCCCCGCGCUUCGAGGCCCCGUCGAUUCCGCGUUACGUCGCCGCGCGCGAUAGUCGGAUGAGCGCGGCCGCGCGACUAUGGCAACGAUAGAGGUCACAUUCCCGUCGGACGGGCUGCCCGGGAAAAUCCUGAAAUGGAGGAUUCGCUCGGACACGAUGGUCGCGGCGGGCAGGAUACUGCUGCUGUACCAGAACGCGACGCCGGCCGCCGCCGAUGACGAGGAGGCCAAGGAACCGGAGCAGAAACUGCGGGCCACGAACUUCGGCCGCGUCAAGCGGCUCCUGGCCAAGGAGGGCGAUGUCAUUCAGCCUGGGCAAGUGAUAGCUCUGCUGGAAGGCUGUACACAUCCCACUGUGAUGAUAGACCUGUGCGCCGAGUGCGGGGCAGACUUGAGGGUGCAGGAAACCAGCAAGGAUGGAAACGCGGCUGGAGUGUCUCAGGCCAGCGUGCCUAUGGUACACAGCAUACCGGAGCUAAAGGUUUGCCCGGAAUUGGCAGAGAAAAUUGGAAAAGAGGACGAGGAGCGCCUUCUGACGGACCGCAAAUUAGUUCUGCUUGUGGAUCUCGACCAAACGAUUGUUCACACCACGAACGAUAAUAUUCCACCUAACUUGAAGGAUGUUUUUCAUUUUCAAUUGUACGGGCCGAACUCCCCGUGGUAUCACACCAGACUAAGACCGAACACCCGGCACUUUCUCUCGGAGAUGAGCCGUUUGUACGAGUUGCAUAUUUGCACUUUUGGAGCGAGAAUUUACGCGCACACCGUUGCGUCAUUGUUAGAUAAGGAUGGAGUCCUGUUCUCCCAUAGGAUACUUUCUAGAGACGAGUGCUUUGAUCCAGCAUCCAAAACCGCAAAUCUCAAAGCCUUGUUUCCGUGCGGCGACGACUUAGUGUGUAUUAUAGAUGACAGGGAAGACGUGUGGCAAGGGUGUGGAAAUCUGGUUCAGGUUAAACCCUAUCAUUUUUUCCGUCACACUGGAAAUAUUAAUGCACCACCGGGCUUAGAAAAGGCUGACGUAUCGCGUUCGCUGGAGCCAGCGAGUGCGAAUGAAUGUACAAAUGAUACGCAAAGUAAGGAUAGCAAGAAUGAUGCGUCCGAACCAUUAAAUGAAGCCGAACAGUCAUUAGACAAUCCUGUGAAAGAAACAAAUCAUGAAGAUGAGAAAGAAGAGAAAGAUGAGAAGAAAGAAGAGAGAGAUGAAAAAGAAGAGAAAGAGGAGAAGAUUGAGGACGAGGUGACAGAAACGAAGAAUGGGAAAGACGAAAAUACCAAAGCAAAUGCUGAAGAGAAUACUGAAUCCAGUGUUCAAUCUGAUGCCGCGAAGGAGGACGACAAAACUGAUAAAGAAGUAUCUGAUACGGAAGUGGUACCGUCUGCGAAAGCAGACACAGACAGUAAGCAAGCGACGCCAAAGCAGGAAAAUAAUAUAAUAGAUGAAGAUGAUGAUGAUUAUCUGUUAUACUUGGAAGAUAUUCUCCGGAGAAUUCACACGGAAUUUUACGCCACGCUGGACCAAGAGAACGCUCGAAAAUCUUUGCGGGAUAUAAUCCCACGGGUGCGUUCUCAAGUUCUCAAAGGAUUAUACUUGACUUUCAGUGGUUUGAUACCCACUCAUCAAAAGCUUCACCAAAGCCGUGCAUAUAAAGUCGCGAGAGCCUUCGGAGCGGAAGUAACUCAAGAUUUGACAGAGAAAACUACGCAUCUGGUUGCCAUUAGAAAGGGUACGGCGAAAGCAAAUUCAGCUAGAAAAGACGCAAACAUUAAAAUCGUAAAUUCUGAUUGGCUGUGGACGUGCGCAGAACGCUGGGAGCAUGUCGACGAACGCCUGUUUCCUCUCACAUCACAGGCACGCGGAUCGAGAGUACCACCACCACACUGUAGUAGUCCAGAACGCGUUGAGGAUGUAGAAAGCGACAGUACAAAUUCUUUUGCCAACUCUAUUAAUCCAUUAAUGUCAUUCACUCAAGAAGAGAUCGAGUUUAUGGAUAAGGAAGUAGACGAGGACAUGGAAGAUAUGAUUUUCGAAGAUGAGGAAGAUGCGGACGAUGCGGAAGAAUGUGGUACGAGGAUACGUCGUCGGAGCUCCGAUUCUGAAGAUUCUGUGAAUGAUACAGGUGAAUUAGGUAUUUCCAAAAGAAAGAAGAGAAAAAUUUACAAUGGCAACUCUGACAGAGGUUCUUCCAAGGAUAGAGAUGACAAUUAUGAGAGUGAUGACGAUGAUAAUCGCGACAGUGACGACGACGACAAUAACGACAGCGAUGACGAUCUCGUUGCACGUUUCAGGAAAGGGGGAGAUUUGCCAGACGACUUGGAUCUAGGCGAUAACUCGCAAGAUUCCGUGGAUGAUCUCGAAGAGGAUAAUGAAGAUGACAGAGAAUGGAAUGCAUUGGGUGCUGCACUCGAAAGAGAGUUCCUUUCCGAGUGACGUGUAUUUGACUAUUGGAUAAUUUACUCAGGAUCAUGUUAUUACGUUAUUCAAAAAUUUCAAGUUCGAUAGCCGAAGCAGGGUUAUUGAUAAUAAUAAACGUUACACUUGUGUAUACUCUGAUAAAAUCAAGCAAGAUGUAGAAAUAUUAAAGAUUUCAAAAGAGUAGGUCUUGAAGUAGUUGUGAUCUAUGAAACAAGAACAUAUAAAAAUGAAGAAAAGAUUUUCUCUAUAUCGAAGAAUAUUCUACAUUGAAUUUUCAAAUUUUGCACAUAUAUUUAAGCGUAUGAUUAGUCGUUAGCCUUAUGUGAGAGAAAAAUAUAAUUAUUCUUCUUUAAGAACAAUUUGUGGAUAGUAUUGUAGCACUGUGAAUUACACACGUGCCAUUGAGUACACUUGCGAGACAUUUUCUCACGCAAGAGAAAAUCCGUCGAAAAUCGAAUUUGAUCUUUAUGUAUAUACAUAUAAAUAGAAUAUUAGAGAAUGAGAAAUUUAUUUUCUAAUAAAUUUUUAGAGCUACCGCUUAAUCAACGUUAAUAAUCAUGAAUAAGCUUUUGUAUCGAGAUCCCAGAAUGUAUCGGAAAAUUUGAAAAUAAAAACUUGUAGUACA